AACGCUGGAACAACCGGUAGUAGCCGUUUUUUCCCGUCCCUCUUCUCCUUCUCCCUUUUCUCUUUCCGCCUGGCUUUGUGUGAAGUUUGCGGCACAUUGCAGAUGAGCCCUUAGCGGCGAGAGGAGCCUAUUGUUCCCCGCCAGGAACUGCUUGCUGGGGCUGUGCUGGCUUUUGCCUUUCGAGCAGCCUGUUGCAGUACCUGGGUCGGCCUCUGGGGUUCGCUGUGUUGCGCUCUCGCCCAGGCAGCCGCACGGCGGCCUCAGAUCUUUUUGUCUGAGAGAGAAGAGAAGUGAAUCCCGCUGCCGCCGCCGCCGCCGCUGUACAGUGUGUGUGUGUGAGAGAGGGAGAGGGAGAUUGCAUGGAGCCGCGUCUGUAACACACACACACUGUCAAUACCUCACUCCAGCUCCCCCCGCCCUACCACAACACUAACCCAAUUCAUUGUGUGAUCCAGCAGCACCAUGUUGAGUCUCAUGUGCCGGUUGGAUCGGUUGGGUUUGUGGUGCUGAGACAGGCAGCGGCAGGAAUUACUGAGAGGUGCCCCUCUCCCUCCCUGUGUGUCUCUGCUUGUGUGUUGUGUGAAGACGGGACUCGCAAUUACCACGCUCUCGGGGGCUCCCUUAUUCCUUUUAAACUUUUUUUUUAAGCAAGCCCCUCUCCAUGGCUGAUCCCCGGCCGAGCACGGGCACCUGGGUCUCGUAAAGACAAGGAGGAGCCGGGGAUUGUUGUUGUUGUUUUUUUAAUUGGAUUUUUAAAAGAAAACCUUUUUAAAUACAAAAAAUGGCAAAUUCGACGGGUAAAACCCAACCAGACCAGCGGAGAAAGGGACUCGCUUUCCUGGACGAGCUGCGGCAGUUUCACCACAGCAGAGGGUCUCCUUUUAAGAAGAUCCCUGUGGUGGGUGGGAAGGAGCUGGAUCUUCACGCUCUCUACACCAGAGUCACCACUUUAGGCGGAUUUGGGAAGGUAUCUGAGAAGAAUCAGUGGGGAGAAAUUGUAGAGGAGUUUAACUUUCCCAGAAGUUGUUCUAACGCUGCCUUCGCUUUAAAACAGUAUUACUUGCGCUAUCUAGAAAAGUACGAGAAAGUACAUCAUUUUGGGGAGGAUGAUGAUGAGGUACAACCAGGCAAUCCAAAGCCACAACUUCCUAUAGGUGCAAUUCCAUCUUCCUACAAUUACCAGCAACACAGUGUGUCAGAUUAUCUUCGUCAAAGCUAUGGGCUGUCUAUGGACUUUAAUUCGCCAAAUGACUAUAAUAAAUUGGUGCUUUCACUGUUAUCUGGACUCCCCAAUGAAGUGGACUUUGCUAUUAAUGUGUGCACUCUUCUGUCAAAUGAAAGCAAGCAUGUUAUGCAGCUUGAAAAGGACCCUAAAAUCAUCACUCUACUGCUUGCUAAUGCUGGGGUAUUUGAUGACACUUUAGGAUCAUUUUCUACUGUAUUUGGAGAUGAAUGGAAGGAGAAAACUGAUAGAGAUUUUGUUAAGUUUUGGAAGGAUAUUGUGGAGGAUAAUGAAGUACGUGACCUCAUUUCUGACAGAAACAAAUCUCAAGAUGUUCCAUCAGAAGAAUGGAUAUGGGAAUCCUUAUUUCAUCCACCUCGCAAGUUGGGCAUUAAUGAUAUUGAAGGGCAGCGGGUACUUCAGAUUGCAGUGAUAUUGCGAAAUCUUUCCUUUGAGGAGGGAAACGUUAAACUUUUGGCAGCUAAUCGUACCUGUCUUCGGUUCCUGCUACUCUCUGCUCAUAGUCAUUUUAUUUCUCUACGACAAUUGGGGCUUGACACACUAGGAAAUAUUGCAGCAGAGCUUCUGUUGGACCCUGUUGAUUUCAAAACUACUCAUCUAAUGUUUCACACUGUUACAAAAUGCCUAAUGGCAAGAGAUAGAUUCUUAAAAAUGAGAGGCAUGGAAAUCUUGGGGAAUCUUUGUAAAGCUGAAGAUAAUGGUGUAUUAAUUUGUGAAUAUGUGGAUCAAGAAUCCUACAAAGAGAUAAUAUGUCAUCUCACUUUACCAGAUGUGCUGCUUGUAAUCUCAGCACUUGAAGUUCUAUACAUGCUCACAGAAAUGGGAGAAGUGGCCUGCACAAAGAUUGCUAAAGUAGAUAAGAGCAUAGAUACAUUAGUAUGUCUGGUUUCUAUGGACAUCCAGAUGUUUGGACCUGAUGCACUUACUGCAGUAAAACUCAUUGAACAUCAAAACUCCAGCCAUCAAGUAUCUGAAAUCAGGCCACAGGUGGUGGAGCAUGUUUCCUCACAGGCCCAUGCAACAGCUGUCCCAGCAUCAAGAGCGGCACAGCAUGUUGCUCCACCACCAGGAAUAGUGGAAAUAGACAGUGAGAAAUUUGCAUGUCAGUGGUUGAAUGCACAUUUUGAGGUGAAUUCAGAUUGCUCAGUCUCUCGAGCAGAAAUGUACUCUGAAUACCUCUCAACCUGCAGUAAAUUAGCUCGAGGUGGAAUCCUAACAUCAACUGGAUUUUAUAAAUGUCUUCGAACUGUCUUUCCAAAUCACACAGUGAAGAGAGUAGAGGAUCCAAAUAACAAUGGGCAGGCGCAUAUACAUGUAGUAGGAGUUAAAAGGAGAGCUAUACCACUUCCCAUUCAGAUGUACUAUCAGCAACAACCAACUUCUUCUACCCCUGUCGUCCGGGUUGAUUCUAUUCCUGAUGUAUCUCCGUCUCCUUCACCAGCAGGAAUCCCACAUGGACCACAAAGUGUAGGAAACCAUUUUCAGAGGAUCCCAGUUAACAACCAAUCUUCAAAUCUGACAGCAACACAGAUGUCUUUUCCAAUUCAAGGUGUUCACACUGUGGCACAGACUGUUUCUAGAAUUCCACAAAAUCCUUCAGUUCACACACAGCAGCAACAAAAUGCUACAGUGACUGUCAUUCAGAAUAAAACUCCAAUUUCCUGUGAGGUAGUCAAGGCCACAGUAAUACAGAGCUCGGUUUCCCAGUCUGCAGUUCCUGUUACUAUUGCUGUAGGUGGAGCAGCACAAGCUUCUAAUCAAAAUCACAGCAGUGCAGGACCACAACCAUCUGUUGCUGUUGUCAGUUCUCAGACAUUGCUUCACCACCAACCUGUAAUUCAACAACAGUCUCCACUACAUGCAGUGGUACCAGGACAGAUACCUUCAGGCACUCCUGUUACGGUAAUUCAACAAGCUGUACCUCAGGGUCAUAUAUUUGGCAGAGUACAGAACCUACCAGCAUGCACUUCAGCAGUUUCACAGGGUCAACAGUUAAUCACUACAUCGUCACAACCUUUGCAAACUUCAUCUCAGCAGCCCUCUGCUGGUAACCAGCAACAAGACACAGUCAUCAUAGCACCCCAACAAUAUGUCACGACCUCUGCAUCCAAUAUUGUUUCUGCCACUACAGUACAGAAUUUCCAAGUUGCAGCUGGGCAGGUGGUUACUAUUGCUGGUGUCCAAAAUCCACAAACUUCUAGGGUAGGGUUUCAGAAUAUUGCGCCAAAGCCUCUACCUUCUCAGCAAGUCCCAUCUACAGUGGUACAACAACCCAUGCAACAGCAGCAGCAGCCACCAUCCCAACAAAGUGUAGUGAUUGUAAGCCAGCCAACUCAGCAAGGUCAAACAUAUGCACCAGCCAUUCACCAAAUUGUGCUAACUAAUCCAGCUUCUCUUCCAGCUGGUCAAACUGUCCAGUUGACUGGACAACCAAACAUAACUCCAUCUUCCUCACCAUCUCCUGGACCAGUUACAAAUAACCAGGUUCCUACAGUAAUGUCAUCUCCAUCUACUACUCAGUCACAAGGACCCCCUCCUACUGUCAGUCAAAUGCUUUCCGUGAAGAGGCAGCAACAGCAGCAACAUUCACCUGCACCAUCACAACAACAGGUACAAGUACAAGUCCAGCAACAACAACCGGUACAAAUGCAAGUUCAGCCACAGCAACCUAAUGCAGGAGUUGGUCAGCCUUCCUCUGGUGAAUCUAGUCUGAUCAAACAGCUGCUUCUUCCAAAACGAGGCCCUUCAACUCCUGGUGGUAAGCUUAUACUCCCAGCUCCACAGAUUCCUCCACCUAACAAUGCAAGAGCUCCUAGCCCUCAGGUGGUUUAUCAGGUGGCCAAUAACCAAGCACCAAGUUUUGGAGUUCAAGGACAGUCUCCAGCUCAGCAGCUAUUGGUUGGACAGCAAAAUGUUCAGCUGGUCCAGAGUGCAAUCCAGCCCCAAGGGGCAGUACAAACAGUACCCAUUUCUAAUCUACAAAUAUUGCCAGGCCAGUUGAUCUCAAAUAGCCCAGCAACCAUUUUCCAAGGGACUUCUGGCAACCAGGUUACCAUAACAGUUGUGCCAAAUACUAGUUUUGCUACUGCAACUGUGAGUCAGGGAAAUACAACUCAGCUCAUUGCUCCAGCAGGAAUCUCAAUGAGUGGAACACAGACAGGAGUUGGGCUUCAGGUGCAAACACUUCCAGCUACUCAAGCACCUCCAACUGGACAAUCACCAUGUGCUGCUGCUCCUCCAUUCAAAGGUGAUAAAAUUAUUUGCCAAAAGGAGGAAGAAGCAAAGGAAGCAACAGGUUUACACGUUCAUGAACGUAAAAUUGAAGUUAUGGAAAAUCCCUCUUGCCGAAGAGGAGCUGCGAACACCAGUAAUGGGGAUGCAAAGGAAAAUGAAAUGCAGGUGGGAAGUCUUUUAAAUGGGAGAAAGUAUAAUGACUCCAGUCUACCUCCUUCCAACUCAGGGAAAACUCAAAAUGAGGCCAAUCAGUGCUCACAAGUCAGUAAUGGGCCAUCAUUAGAAUUGGGUGAGAAUGGAGCUCCUGGAAAGCAGAACUUUGAACAAAUGGACACACAGGAAAUUAAAAGUGAUUUGAAGAAGCCCCUAGUUAAUGGAAUCUGUGAUUUUGAUAAAGGAGAUGGCUCUCAUUUGAGCAAAAACAUUCCAAAUCACAAAACUUCCAAUCAUGUAGGAAAUGGUGAGAUCUCUCCAGUGGAACAAGGGAAUUCAGAUGUCACGCAGCAAGAGACUGCCAAAGGUG